AUGGGGGAGCAAAUGAUUUCACGAGAUUACUUUUAUCUUGGAACGAAGCUUCCAAUGGACCGUUUCUUGUCAUUCUACUAUGCACAUGCUGGAUUCCAUAUAAACAAUAUGUCAAUCAUAUUGUCAUUGCAGUUAUUCCUUUUGGUUGGCAUAAAUUUAGGAGUACUCGCAGAUUCCUCUACAAUUUGUGAAUAUAAUAAGAGCCAACCCUUUACAGACCCGAGGAGACCAAAAGAUUGCUUGAAUCUUAUACCAGUCUUACUUUGGCUUAGGAGGUGCAUUAUAUCAAUAUUUGUUGCUUGCAUUAUUUCCUUUCUUCCUUUAGGAUUUCAAGAACUUACAGAAAGAGGGUGUUACACCUGUUUGAAGCGGUUAGGAAAACAGAUAUUGUCGUUCUCUCCUUUUUUUGAAAUUUUCGUCUGCAAGAUAUACACUCACUCUUUAGUAAGUGAUUUAAACUAUGGAGGAGCGCAAUACAUAGCAACAGGUAGAGGAUUUGCUACGCAAAGAAUAUCUUUCGUCCCCUUGUACUCACGAUUUGCUAAUGCUUCCUUAAAAUUUGGAUUUGAAUCAUUUGUCCUAAUGAUAUACAUCAGCUAUUAUGUUUGGAAUUUUUCUCUACUUUAUUUCUGGAUAAUUGUAUGUGGCCUUCUCUACUCUCCAUUUCUUUAUAAUCCGAAUGAGUAUGUGUUCAUGGAUUUUUUUCUCGACUACAAAGACUUUUGGACGUGGCUUUUCUCUAUAAUCGAGAAGGAAGAGAAGCAAACGUGGUAUAGCUAUACAAAGUUGAGAAGAGGACAAAUUUCUGGUUUUAUCAUUAGUCUGUUAAUGAAGAGGGACUUUAAUGUCACAUCCGCUAAUAGACCUUCAAGGUUGCAUUUGAUAACGACUAUCAUCAUACCCAAAACAUUGAAAACACUAGUCAUAGGCUGUGCUUAUUUGUUUGCUAACUGUCAAAGUGGAUUCACACCUGGCUCUUACUCGUAUGCCACAAAGCGAAUACUAUUAGUUUCCCUCUUUCCUCUCGUUUCUAACAUGGCAAUAUUAUUGACUUUCUUCGUGUUCUCAUUAAUUUUUGUUCCAUUUUUCACGAUGCUUUUCAAACAUCUUCCAAGCGUAAUAUUUAUUAUUGUUCAUCUGUUUUCCAUCUUAAAUUACAUCAUAUCUUUUGAGCUAGUAUGGUAUCUCCAAGGCUUUAAUAUUUGCCAAACCAUCCUCUCUAUUAUCCUUUCUAUAAAGGUGCAAGAGUUGAUACUAGAAACCAUGAACAUCACCUUACUAAGUCGUGAGCUUGACCAUGAAAAUGUUUGCAAAGCUUGGUGGUCAGGCAAAUGGGUAACCGCAGGUCUUGGAUGGAGAAUAAUUCCACAACCUUUCAGAGAAUUUGUUUGCAAGAUAAGCGAAUUGACUUAUUUUGCAGAAGAUUUUUUUUUGGGACAAUUUUUGUUCUUAUCCCAAAGUCCCCUAUUAUUAAUUCCCUAUAUCAACAAAUGGCAUAGAAUGAUGCUAUUCUGGUUUAAGCCGGAUACCGAAAAAAAUCAAAAGGGAACAUAUCAGGCUCAGAAAACUAAGAGUCAUUUUGCUAUUGCCUUCUUCAUCGUAUUCAUAAUGUGCUCGUUAUUUAGUGCCUUGCUCGUUAUCUUCCCAGUAUUCCUCGCUGGAAGGUACGAUAUAGACGGCAUAAUUCCGUCUUGGCUCCAUGAAUUGAAACAGCCAAAGCGGGGCUCAAUUGCUUAUCUGGCGCAAUAUCCUGGAUUAAGAAAAUAA